AUUGAAGAGAGCACAGACAUCAUGUGUUUCCUUGUUGAGUCAUUAGGCCUUGAAUUUCACAAAUGAUGCCAGGAUUGCAGUUCUCUCCCAAAUUCGAGAGAUAAUUUGAGUCCUGAGGAAAUGAAAUGCAAACUUUAACCGUUAAGUAUAUUGUUUGAGUAAAAAAUAAUCAUUUGAGAAUGAGAAGUGCAAGUUGCUACUCUGCAUGUCUAUAUUUGCUAUUCUGACUGUUGAAUGUUCAUUUUGCAGUUAUCUUAACACAAGAUAUUUAUUGUAACAGUAACAUAAUGAAGCCAAAAAUGGUGUUCAGGUGUUGUGAACAGAAAAUUUUACAGCUGGUAUUUUUUAGCAAUGUGAUCUUGUUAAAUGCUAUUCAAUUAACUGUGCUGUAUCUACUUACCAAUAUUUGGUGCAAGGCACAGCUGCGUGUGCAGUUGAACGAAAAAUUGGCAUCACAAAAUUAGUCCCAACACACUGGUGGUUGGUGCAGAACUGUAGACUCAAGACGUUGACAUCCAAAACAGUGUCAAGUUUUUUGUGGCUGUUAUGUAAUCCACUAUGCUCAGGUGUCACGUAUAUACACUUCCACAUAAAUACGGCCUUUUGAAGACAUUGCCAUCAACAUUAAAGGUUUGGUGAAUUGUUCUAGGAUGGAGGUCCUACUGUUUAUCCUGUGAUGUGAUUUUUAGUGAUGCUAGUUCCAUAUUAUGAAAAGAGUGCCCAAGUGCUGCAAAAAUGUUUUGUGAAAUAUGUUUUUGUUAGUCCAAAUGAAGUUAAUAUUGUGUAUUUGAAAGCUUUCAUUAUGUGCAAAAGAGACCUAGUCACUGAGCAAAUAUGUUCUCCUGGUGAGAGUGCAUUGUCGUAUAUUCCAUUGAUACAUGAAUUUACUGAUGAAGACUGGUGAUUAGAGAGCACAAAGUAUCUGUUAUAGAAGCAUUCUAUGAACUCGUACUGGUCUAAGUUGAUCAUUUCACUCUUUCAGAGGUUGUGCUGAAUACUCGGUGAAUUGUACUCAGUUAUUUGCAAAGUUAAGUUGAACCAUUUAUUCUCUCUAAAAUAAUUUUAUUUUAUUUAGUGAAAUUUCAGUAAAAAGUUUGUAAAAUAAUUGAUUCUAAAAUGUAUAUUCUUAUAGAGUAUCAAAUUGCAAAACACCACUUUGAAUUCAGCACUUCUGUUUGAGAAAUUGCUUAUUAUUCUGCGCUGUAUGAGCCAUUUUUAACAAUAAAAUUGUGUUCUCUUGACUAGUCUUCACAAAUCUCUCAGAAUAAACUGGAUGUCGUGUAUGUUGUAUUUUUGUAUAUAUCCAUUUUGAUUUGGUCUGCAUUUUAAUUGUCUUACACUCAUAAAAUGUUUCUGCUAAAAUUUACAAAGUGGUACUAUAAUAAUUGUGUUCAUUUGUUGUGUGUCAAGUUUUAUUUGUCUGUUUUAAAUCAUGACAUCGCUGUUGUGUACAAAGAACAUUUUAAUAUUUUCAGUGGAAUAUGUAGUUAAAUGAAAUAUAGCUGGUGUUUGCCAGGAUCUUUCUAUAUUGUAAAAAAUUUGCUUCCAUGGCUGCUUUCCAUGUUUUGAAUGUUCUUGAUUUUGUAAUUGACCUGAUUUCAUUUUAAUUAUGAGGAGGAAUGAACAUUCCUAAUUUUUAGUUUUCAAAAGAAUACAUAAAAUAUUUUAAAUAUGAAAUAAACAUUUAAUUAAAUGUUGUUAUAGAAUAAAUCCUUGGAAGUCUACAUAGCCGAAAAAUAACUAACCAUUAUUGAAAUUAGUUGUUCUUUCAUAGGUUGUUUUUAUUUUUUUUUAUUUGUUUUUUUUAUAAUGAAAGGUUGUAAGAUUUUGGUAUGAAAUGAGGACACUUUGCUUGUUUAAUGGUUUGACAGUUAUGAUUGUAUGGGAAUUGAAUUUGGCUGCACUUUCUGUCCAUUUUUUGAACGUACCAAGCGUUCUUUAUUUUAUGUCCAUGUGUUUGGAAAUGUGAGAAUAUCUUCCUUGUAUGUGUUUGUGGUUUCAAUAGUCAUUUGCCAUUGUAAUGAAUGAAUGUAGAGAUUCAUUGUGACUUUGUCUAAAUGUAUCAACCAUUUUGCCUUUUUUGAAGUGCAUGGCCAGAGUUGGGGAAAAUACUUCGAAAAAGUAUUUUAAUUGCAAAAUACUUCCAUGAUAGUAUUUUAGAUACAAAAUAGUAUUUUAAAAAUACUAAAUACUACCAACAAUGGUCCAAGUGUCUUUUUUUUUCUCAAAUUCUGGUUGUGAUUUACAAUGGAUACAUUUAGUUUCAUAGGGGAUUAAAUGCCAAAAUCAUAUUUUUCUCAAUCUUAAUUUUAAAUCUCAUCAACACUUCAUUUUUAUAUUGCAUUUAAUUUACUACAGUGCCAUUUGUAUGAGAAUAUUAUUUCACCAGUCCAAUCAAAAGAUAUUGGACCGAAUCUCCUGGCAAAUCUAUGCUGGUUCCGAAGUCUGCAAAUAUAAUUGGGCAUUAAGAUAGGCAUCUUAUUUUACUGUUAUGUCAACAUUUGUGUUUCUUAAUGUAAAAAGGCUAUGUAAAUUUUACUAUCUAGGCUUAAUCUCCAAAUAAAAAUGGCACCUUCAUUUUUGAAUGAUAUGUUUAGGAAAAAUCCUUAUGUACACAUAAGCUUCCGCGGCUCAAAUUUAUGACUUCGUGGCUGUCCGAGUGACGCCGUCUCUCAGUCAACGAUGCAGUGUCACCCAGACAGCCAAGAAGUCAGGAAAAACUUCGUUUUAUAUUCGGGUAAGUACUGUAUACCUGAGACAUAUUUGUUCAACAACAGAAAAUAAAUUUAAGACACUUAAGUUCUUUGAAUUGUCAUGGAAAAACUACAAAAUUUCCAGAUUUGUUGAGUUUUCUUAAAUAAUUUUGCUUGUUGAACAUUUUUUUAUAUUAAAAAAUGAACAUUAAUUAUUUGUUGUCAUCUUCAACUCUUGUGUUGUUGGCAGUAUAAUUACUUUGGAGUGAUCACAAGAUUUUGAAUUUUAAAAUUUAGAUUUUUUUUUUUUAUAAAUAUCAUUGACUUUAUGGUAGCUAUCUCAUUUUAAGCAUGAAAUCUAAAUGUGGCUGUUAUUGCCUCACUUAUGACAGAACUAACAAUAAAAUAAUUCUAUGUAAUAAAAUUUUGUUUUAUGAAUUUCAAUUGAAGUAGUUGAUGGCAGAAAAUUUAGUUUUGUGUUAUGAAAAUUCAAAAUUAUGUCAGAAAGUGUUUUUGGUACAAAUACAAAAUACAUGUUUUAAAAUGUACUUUCAAUAGAAAUUAUAAAAGUAUUGAACAUACUUAUUUUAAAUGCAAGUAUUUUUGAUACUGCCCAACUCUGGAUAUGUCAUAUACAAAGUGAAUGUUAUCUAUUCUAUAACAGCAAUAGCAACAAACUUUUCUUAUGGUUUGAGGUGGUGUGGAAAAUGUGAAAUUUUAGACAUGUUUAAAAGACAGUAUUUUAGGACUUAAGCAAUGGUUGAGCCAGAGGGCAGAAUUGUUAAUUUGCAGCAGUCAAAACUAAUUAAUGUAGUGUCUUGCUUGUAUUGAGAUACAGCUGUGAAUUUUCUUCUGGGUAGUUUUAUGGGUAAUUCCAGAACAUCUAUGUGUGAUUCCCUUGUUACUUCUUCACAAAGUAACAGCAUACUCGGCAACAAAUUUUUAAACUAUGGUAUCCCAAACCUCUUAGCAAGUUUGACACAGUUUGGAGAGAACUGCACACCUAGUAAUAAAUAUGUAGCAUGAAAGAAAUAUCACUUUCAGGGUGCUCAACUUUUAUAUAGUACUGUAAUUAUAAUACACUAUAAUAGUUCAGUGUAUCUAUGUAAGGUAGUGAAUUCUUUCCUUUCAAUUAUUUCUUUAAUCUUUUGUUUCUAUUCAAUAAUGGUUUGUUUUCUGGCUUGUACGAUUUCCUUUUGAGAAACCAUUCCUGGGUUGUAUUGCGACAUUUCUUGAACAUUCAUAGGAAGUACAUUUUUCUUAUUGGCAGUGUUUCUUAAAGUGUUCAACAAUCCAGAAACCUUUUGCUUUUAUGCAAAUCAUUUCAAAGUUUUCAUAAUAUCUACAUUUAUGUAGAGAAAAUGUUAUCCUCUUUUUACUAUUGAAAUACUUCCAAUAAAGUAUGAUCAAUUGUUUUGGGAGUUUUACUUCUUAUGUAAUCUGUAUUGGUCUAAAAAUCUGAAAUGCAAUUAUUUUUCAAAGUGACUGUUGUAGUGAACGUCAUUUUAUUAAACUGGUAGACUUUAUUUAAUUUGUAUACAUUUCACAGGUAUUUUGCUUUAAUAGUUCAUUGGUUUCAAACAUUUUAUUUCUACGUUGUUUUUCUUGGGCUAGGAUACUAGGGGACUUUUGGGUCUUAAUUUGAUCCACAUGCUAUUAGUAGUGUUGAAGCACAGUGGUUUCAUCUUGAUAGAACAUGUAUCGUGUUGAUAGAACAUGUAUCAUUACAGAGUUCUCAGCUUCUGUGAAUUUGAAACUUGAUUGGAGGAUUGGUUCCCAAAUGCUUCUGGUUUGUGUAAGACUAAUUGGAAUGAAUUUUAUCUUUCCUUCAGCUCUCAAGGGCAGCCAGAUGUGAUCCAAGUGAGCAUUAUGUUCGAGACAUGAUUACAAAGUCAAAGAGUUUUGUAUAAAUUUCAUGCAUGGCUGAGUGGCAUGCAGUCUUUGAGGAUUAUGUAUGUUAAGUUUUUAUAUGUAUUAUGUGAGAUUAUUCUCUACAAACUCAGGGCUCUUGGCAUUGAAAUGCAUAGCCAGUAGACUGUGACCUGUACACCAUUUGUUUAUGGCGCAAUUUUAUUAAUUUAAUACGUAACGAAAUUUGAAAUUCAGCCAUGAUUAAUUUCUGUAUGAUUUUUUUUGUAUUGUUUAAUAAAAUUUUUUUGAAUGAUGUGAGAGAAAAGUAUUCUUGAGAAGCGGAUUUUGAAAUCUGUAACAAUGAAUAAAAAUGUUAUUUCAAUUACAAAA